CUGGGCUUGGAUAGCACAGCUUUUAUAUUUGUAACUAAUAUGAAUUAAAAAGUGAAGAAUAUAUCAUCAAGUUGAAUAUGAGUUUUGAAAAGUAAAGAAUAUAUCAUCAAGUUGCGGGCAAAAAUGUCCGGUAUACCAUGGGAAAGCGAGGAAAGACAAAACUACAUUCGAGCAGACUACAUUGUCAGUGAUGUUGUGAGGAAGGAAUUGAGAAAAUUCUUUAUUCAGGAAUGGGACAAACUUUACAAGGCUUCUCUUGGAGCAUGGGAUGACACAAACGUCAUUGGUAAGGAGUUGUUUAAUCUCGAGAAAAAACGAAAACGGCCAAAUAAACCAAUGCUUCAGUCCAAAUUUAAUCAUGGAAAUUCAAAUGAUUGGGAUUGUACUGUACUUUUUGAUGCAAUUCUUUAUUCCAACUCGAUUGGUGCAAGCCUUAAUACAAAGCAAAAAACUGAAAUCGAUAAUCUGAGAAAACUACGAAAUGAAAUAACUCAUAAACCUGAAAAAUCGCUCCUCGAUGCAGACUUUCAAACCAAAAUAACAAACGUUAAAAAUGCAUUGAAUGCAUUAGGAUUGUCAAGCAAAGAAGUCGUUCGAAUUAAAAACCUCUUUAAAUCCCUCCAAGUUCUACCUCCCAAGCCAACUCAUGAAGUCGUUUCUCGUUCUGACAAGAUACACGAGAUAAGCGAAGAUCUUGAAAAGUUGCGCAGCGAUAACGAGGGCAAACUUACAUAUUUUUACAUCUCUGGGAAUCCCGGAAGUGGUAAAUCUCAACUCGCCAGGCAAGUUUUUGAAGAUAUUUGGGAAAACGUUCACGCGAAGCACGAAGCAAUGUUUGUAAUGACAUUGAACGGAAAAGAUUUCGAUUCUCUUUUAAAUUCAUAUGAAGAUUUUUGUCGUCGGCUAAAUUGCAACGAGAGCGUAUUACAAAAUCUUUUGAGCUCUUCUAAAGCAAAAGAUGAGAAAAUCAAAGAUUUAAGAUCACAAAUAUCCAACAGAAUUAAGAAUUGGAAGAAGUGGUGGAUUAUCGUCGACAAUGUAGAAAAUCUCGAACUCAUUUCCCCACUGCUGCCUCUGAUGGGCGACGAUGUUUGGAAAAACGGUCAAAUCAUAGUGACGACACAAAACACAAAUGCAGUUCCUUUCGACAGCUUGUCAAGUAAACAUAUUUCACUUAGUCUCGGUAUGAAUGACCAAGAGUGUCGCGAGCUUCUUGCCCUGUUAUCAACAACAGACGUCAAUGAUCCAUUACUAUAUGAGGUGGCAGAGAAGUUAGAUCGUCAACCACUGGCAAUGGCUGCUGCAGCCGCGUAUAUGGGCCAAGUCAUCGAGAGUCUCCCAGAUUUUUCUUGGCGGAAUUACUUAGAAAAGCUUGAAAAAGGGAGAAGAGAAUUAACAGAAGAGCCUCUUCGGCAGACAAAUUCAGCAGCAUAUUCAUCCACCAUGAGUGCAGCUGUACUUUUAGCUGUUACAAAUUGCGCGGAAAAAAACAAAAUUCUUGAACAUGCAUUCAACCUUUUCUCUUUGAUAUCGUUUGAACCACUACCACUUGAUCUUGUUGUGAAAUACGUUCAGCAGCAAGAAGACGAGUUUGAGGCCGAGGAUAUAAUUCUUGCAAUAAAACACUGCUCGUUGUUUGUUCAUGUUGGGAAUAAAGACCGUGAUAUACGCCUGCAUCGUGUUGUGCAUGAUGCGAUCAAAUUUCGUUAUCGUUUGAAAAAAACUGACAUUGGCGAUUCAUCAAAAGUUGAAAUACCAGAUGAAGAGCAAAAUGUAAGAAUACGAAUUCACAACGUCACAAGAACAUUGUAUUCUUUCGAAGACAGGAAAGAUAAAAUUAAAAUCAUUCCACAUUUGAAAGCAUUUUUAACAGAAAUUAAUAGAUUGUUUCCAAAUCAAACCCUAUCCUUAACGAGCUCAGCAUUUUAUGAAACUGAAUUAUGGGGAUUGCAUAUGUAUAGUUUUUUUGGAAGAACUCUAUGUUACUUUUCCGAGUUUUCUCUCUCGAUGGAAAUUUUCCAGCAAGAACUAAAAAUUGUGUUUCAGAAAUUUGGACCAAACCAUAUUGCCCUUGCUAGUUGCUACACUGACCUAGGUACUUUGUGCCAUGCGAAAGGUGAAUUGGAAGAAGCUAGUGAUUAUUUUCAACAAGCACUGAAAAUUGAAUUAGCACAAAUGGAGCCAAAUCAUAGUGGCAUUGCUGGCUCAUACAACAAUCUGGGUGUUCUUUGUAAGGAUAAAGGUGAUUUGGAGCAAGCUUGUGAUUAUCAUGAAAGAGCGCUGAAAAUUCAAUUAGAACAAUUAGGGCCAAAUCAUAGUGAUGUUGCUACAUCAUACAACAACCUGGGUGGUUUAUGUCAUAUGAAGGGUGAUUUGAAGCAAGCUAGUGAUUAUUAUCAACGAGCGCUCAAAAUUAAAUUGGAACUAUUGGGGUCAAAUCAUACUGUUAUUGCUGGUUUAUACAACAACUUGGGUACUGUUUGUAGUGAUAAAGGUGAUUUGGAGCAAGCUAAUGAUUAUCAUCAAAGAGCACUGGAAAUUCAGUUAGAACAAUUAGGGCCAAAGCAUGUUGACGUUGCUAGUUCAUAUAGCAGCCUGGGUCAUGUGUGUCGUGCUAAAGGUGAUUUGGAGCAAGCUAGAGAUUAUUAUCAACGAGCGCUGAAAAUUAAAUUAGAACAAUUGGGGCCAAACCAUGUUGACGUUGCUGGGUCAUACAACAACCUCGGUAUUGUGUGCCACGAUUUGGAACAAGCUAGUGGUUAUUAUCAACAAGCACUGAAAAUUCAGUUAGAACAAUUGGGGUCGAACCAUGUUGAUGUUGCUAUUACAUACAACAACCUAAGUAUUGUGUGUAAAGAUAAAGGUGAUUUGGAGCGAGCUAUUGAUUAUCAUCACCAAGCACUGAAAAUUCAGUUGGAACAAUUCGGGCCGAACCAUGUUGACGUUGCUAAAUCAUACAACAAUCUGGGUAUUUUGCGUCAUAGAAAGGGUGAUUUUGAGCAAGCUAGUGAUUAUCAUCAACGAGCACUGAAAAUUCAGUUGGAACAUUUGGGGCCGAAACAUGUUGACCUUGCUGCUUCAUACAACAACCUGGGUAUUACGUAUAAGGAUAAAGGUGAUUUGCAGCAAGCUAGUGAUUAUUAUCAACGAGCACUGAAAAUUCAGUUAGAACAAUUGGGGCCAAACCAUGUUCACCUUGCUAGUUUAUACAACAACCUGGGUUCUUUGUGUAAAGAUAAAGGUGAUUUGAAGCAAGCCAAUGAUUAUUAUCAACGAGCACUGGAAAUUCAGUUAGAACAAUUAGGGCCAAACCAUGUUGACGUUGCUAGUUCAUACAACAACCUGGGUAAUCUGUGUGAUGAUAAGGGUGAUUUGAAGGAAGCUCAUGAUUAUCAUCAACGAGCGCUGAAAAUUCGGUUAGAACAAUUGGGGCCAAACCAUGUUGACGUUGCUACUUCAUACAACAACCUGGGUAAUCUGUGUGAUGAUAAGGGUGAUUUGAAGGAAGCUCAUGAUUAUCAUCAACGAGCGCUGAAAAUUCGGUUAGAACAAUUGGGGCCAAACCAUGUUGACGUUGCUAAUUCAUACAACAACCUGGGUAAUUUGUGUAAAGAUAAAGGUGAUUUCGAGCAAGCUAAUGAUUAUCAUCAACGAGCGCUGAAAAUUCGAUUAGAACAAUUGGGGCCAAAUCAUGAUGAAGUUGCUAGAUCAUACAACAACCUUUGUGUUUUGUGUAAAGAUAAAGGUGAUUUGGAGCAAGCUAAUGAUUAUUAUCAACGAGCGCUGAAAAUUCGAUUAGAACAAUUGGGGCCAAAUCAUGAUGAAGUUGCUAGAUCAUACAACGAUCUGGGUAUUUUGUGUAAAGAUAAAGGUGAUUUAGAGCGAGCUAGUGAUUAUCAUCAACAAGCACUAAAAAUUCAGUUGGAACAAUUGGGGCCGAACCAUGUUGACGUUGCUAAAUCAUACAACGAUCUGGGUAUUUUGUGUAAAGAUAAAGGUGAUUUAGAGCAAGCUAAUGAUUAUCAUCAACAAGCACUGAAAAUUCAGUUGGAACAAUUGGGCCCGAACCAUGUUGACGUUGCUAAAUCAUACAACAAUCUAGGUAUUUUGUUUAAAGAUAAAGGUGAUUUAGAGCAAGCUAAUGAUUAUCAUCAACAAGCACUGAAAAUUCAGUUGGAACAAUUGGGGCCGAACCAUGUUGACGUUGCUAAUUCAUACAACAAUCUGGGUAUUUUGCGUCAUAAAAAGGGUGAUUUUGAGCAAGCUAGUGAUUAUCAUCAACGAGCACUGAAAAUUCAGUUGGAACAUUUGGGGCCGAAACAUGUUGACGUUGCUGCUUCAUACAACAACCUGGGUAUUGCGUAUGAGGAUAAAGGUGAUUUGGAGCAAGCUAGUGAUUUUUAUCAACGAGCACUGAAAAUUCAGUUAGAACAAUUGGGGCCAAACCAUGCUGACCUUGCUAGUUUAUACAACAACCUGGGUACUUUGUGUAAAGAUAAAGGUGAUUUGAAGCAAGCCAAUGACUAUCAUCAACGAGCGCUGGAAAUUCAAUUAGAGAAAUUAGGGCCAAACCAUGUUGAUGUUGCUAGUUCAUACAACAACCUGGGUAAUCUGUGUGGUGAUAAGGGUGAUUUGAAGAAAGCUCGUGAUUAUCAUCAACAAGCGCUGAAAAUUCGGUUAGAACAAUUGGGGCAAAACCAUGUUGACGUUGCUACUUCAUACUACAACCUGGGUAAUCUGUGUGAUGAUAAGGGUGAUUUGAAGGAAGCUGGUGAUUAUCAUCAACAAGCUCUGAAAAUUCGAUUAGAACAAUUGGGGCCAAACCAUGUUGACGUUGCUAGGUCAUACAACAACCUGGGUAUUGUGUGUGAGAAGAAAGGUGAUUUGGAGCAAGCUAAUGAUUAUCAUCAACGAGCGCUGAAAAUUCGGUUAAAACAAUUAGGGCCAAACGAUGAUGACGUUGCUACUUCAUACAACAACCUGGGUAUUGUGUUUAGUGAUAAAGGUGAUUUGGAGCAAGCUAAUGAUUAUUAUCAACGAGCGCUGAAAAUUCAGUUAGAACUAUUGGGGCCAAGUCACGUUGACCUUGUUAGUGUAUAUAACAACCUGGGUAAUGUGUGUGAGAAGAAAGGUGAUUUGGAGCAAGCUAGUGAUUAUCAUCAACGCGUGCUAAAAAUUCGAUUGAAACAAUUCGGGCCAAAUCAUGUUAAUGUUGCUGCUUCAUUCUUCCGACUGGGUGUUGUGUGCCUAUCAAAACGGGAUUUAGAUCACGCCAGAGAUUAUCUUCAACAGGCACUAAAUAUUCAAUUAGAGAAACUAGGACCAAUUCAUGAGGAUGUUUUUCGUUCCUACUUCUAUCUUGGCACAGUUUGCUUUGAGAAAGAAGAUUUCGAAGAUGCUAGCGAUUAUUUUAAAUCGUAUUAUGAAAUCCUGUUGGAACUGUUAGGAUCCUACCAUAAAGGUUGAACUUCUUCUCAUUGCGACCAAAGUAUUGUGUGCAGCCAUGAAUUACGCUUCGAUGAUCGCUAUUCCCAGGAAAUAAUACAUACCAGAUUCCGCUUAAAAAUAUCAAAACAUCGUUUUGGAUGCCUCAUAGAUUUAUCAACAGGCGAAGGUCAUAAAAUUAUUUAAAAAUACACAAGUUCUUCCUAGCUAUUUUUGCUCAUGAUAGCAACAGUUGAUUUAUUAAACAAUAUCCUCAAGCAAAAUAAAGAGAAAUAUUUCAAUUGCAUGGAGUAAAGCCAGGCGCACAUGGCCUGAUUUUUAGUCGGCCCAGACUAAAUCUAUGCGUGUGCGAUGUCAUUUUUAGGUGACUUUAGUCGGCUGACAGCAAUCUGAUGUAUCAAAACAGUUUGACGUUGCCAACUAAAAUCGAUCCUACGACAAAAUCGCGUCGUGUGCGCCUGGCUUAAUCAUAACAUAAAGUAAUAUGCUAUAAACAGACACGAAUAUUAUAACAUGCAUCGCAAACUUUAAAAUAAUGCAAAUCAUUAAACUCCAGUCCAACGAAUGCUGAAUAAGAAGGCUUAACCAUCCUAGUGCAUUUUACGACGGGACGGUGAGAGUACAAGUUGAUAACCAUAAUAAUUUUAUGCUAAGCACAGAUAUAGAUUAUAAAUAAAUAUAAAGUAUUGAUGAUUGUCAGACGACACGGCAAAGCGUCUUGAAAUCGCACGAAGUUGAAUUUGUCACAUGGAACACUUGUUAAUCAUUAAACAUUUUCAGUAUAUUGUUGUAUUAAACCUUUCUCUUACCAACACGAUCAGAAUAGUAGACAGUUCUAUAAUAGCCUUAAAAUCGAAAUUUCAUUCAAGAUUUAUUACUUUAUGAUAAAAUCUUAUAAGUCCAGAACAACCUAAAAUUUUGAUGAUAUUAUAUGUUGAGUGUCUU